UUCGUGGAGUGCUUCAUCCUGUCCGGGUACCGGCGGCUGCCGUGCACGGCGCAGGAGUGCCUGGCCUCGGUGCUGAAGCCCACCAACGAGACGCUCAACUUCUGGACGCACUUCAUCCCGCUGCUGCUGUUCCUGAGCAGGUUCGGCCGCCUCUUCUUCCUGGGCGGCCAGGACGUGCCCUUCCACCACCCGUGGCUGCUGCCGCUGUGGUGCUACGCGUCGGGCGUGCUGCUGACCUUCGCCAUGAGCUGCACGGCGCACGUGUUCAGCUGCCUGUCGCUGCGCCUGCGCGCCGCCUUCUUCUACCUGGACUACGCGUCCAUCAGCUACUACGGCUUUGGCAGCACGGUGGCCUACUACUACUACCUGCUGCCGGGCCUGAGCCUGCUGGACGCCAGAGUCAUGACCCCGUACGUGCAGCAGAGCCUGGGCUGGCACGUGGACUGCUCGCGCCUCAUCGCCGCCUACCGCGCGCUCGUGCUGCCCGUGGCCUUCCUGUUGGCCGUGGCCUGCACCGUGGCCUGCUGCAAGAGCCGCACCGACUGGUGCGCCUACCCGUUCGCGCUGCGCACCUUCGUCUUCGUCAUGCCGCUCAGCAUGGCCUGCCCCAUCAUGCUGGAGAGCUGGCUCUUCGACCUGCGCGGGGAGAACCCCACGCUCUUCGUGCAUUUCUACCGCCGCUACUUCUGGCUCGUAGUGGCCGCCUUCUUCAACGUGAGCAAGAUUCCCGAGCGCAUUCAGCCAGGCCUCUUCGACAUCAUCGGCCACAGCCAUCAACUCUUCCACAUCUUCACCUUCCUCAGCAUCUACGACCAAGUGUACUACGUGGAAGAGGGCCUGCGUCAGUUCCUCAAGGCGCCGCCUGCGGCGCCCACCUUCUUAGGCACCGUGGGCUACAUGCUACUGCUGGUGAUCUGCCUGGGCCUGGUCAUCAGGAAGUUUCUAAACGUCUCCGAAUUCUGCUGUAAGAAGUGAGCCCUCGCUUCCCGGAGGCUGCUGGUUGGCCCAUCUGUUUGUUUGCAAUGACUGCUGUUGCUCUCGUUGGUUUGUUUUCAAGUUUUGUCGUGUUUCCUUCGUUGUUCCUGGAGGGUGCUGCAAAACCACAGGGGGAAAGCCCAACUUGCGACCAGGGGAUGCCAGGACCCUUGGGGCUUUGGAAGAGGGAGACGGGGUCGCGCCCGAGGGAGAGGGCCACUGGUUCUUGCCCCUAGAAAGAUCGCAGGUGGUGGUUUAGAGGGGCUGUGACAUCCAGGGAUUUUCAAAGGCAGCGAAUAAAAUCGCAAAUAACUCCCAAGCGGUUUGCUUUUCCAAUCAUCUGCUGUGCCCGCGUAAUAACAAGUAGCCCUUGUCAGUCAGGUAGGCAGUAAAGAUGGCAAAUAGAGCGAAUCCCCGCAGGACUUCCAUUUCGGGUCGUGGAAUGCCUGGAUUGAUCAAGAGAACUGAGCUUUGUAGGAGAAGGGCACAGAGACACUAAUCGGGGGCUUUAUCGGCUAGACAAUGCAUGGAAUGUGAACAAAAGUUAAUUAUUUCACAAUAUUUCUCAGAUAUUAUUUAAAUAGUAAUAUAUACGCAAUGAUUUUUCAUAAUUUAUAAAAAGCCUGUGAUAUGCACUGAAAUUUCUUUGUCGCCUAGUUUUGAAUUUCGCAGUCCUUUUGCAUUACAUACACUUGAACUGGACAUCAGGGCAAAGCAGUUUGCGAAUUCUCAACUAGCUUUUUAAACAGUGUUUUCCGAAGGCCUGUGUGUGUCUCGAGACAACUGUGAAUUACUGUACCUGAAGGAUUCUGGUUAAACUUGGUGAGGAGCUUGAGUGGUUUGCAUAGACCACAGAUCCUUAUUUCUUUUCAUGUAUUCCACAAAACCCACCCUGGUUUUUGUUUGGUUUUUGAUCUUAUUCUUCUCUUCUUUUUAAAAUUGCCACUGGAAUAAAUGUGCCUUUUGAAGCAAUGCCCAGGUGACUGGUCCUCAAACACAAUUUCUGGCAUGGGGGAAGCAGCAGGACUGAGUUUUUCUUCUUUACUACAAAUCCAAGUUUAACAUCCCACCCAGGAGGAAAGGAAGAUGAUAUUGGCUGUAAGUUUUGGGUAGAGCUAGAAGUAGCGUACUGGGACAUGCAGGGUUUUUCAUAUCUGUACAAGAUGGAGCCACCCUGCCAGUGUGGCUGUGGCUUCUAAUGCAACCACGGGGCAAGGGGAGAAGACACUAUUCUAAACUGAUGCUGUCCACCCUUGCCUAAAAUUGAAAAUAAAAUGUUCUGGAUUAAACAAAGCUGUUCCACAA